UCAACACCAAACAGAGGCUGGUAGAGACAGUGGCAAUGACAGAAACGCUUAUUUGUUAUUGAGCUUCAGUUUUGUUUUGGUUUGUUAAUAAAAUGUUGACGAGAGCAUUCAAGGAGCACCAAUCAAGACAAACUGCUGCUAAAGAUGUGCAAGAGGUGAGGAAAAAGGAGGCAAUAGCAGCUGUGACUGACUUUUCCCAAAGAUUUGUCGAGGUUCUGAAUUCUGAUGUAGAAAGUGCCUACAAUAACCAACGACAGUUAGAGGCUGAAGCAAAGCAAUUACAAAAUAAUGUUUCUCGAUUAACAAAACAAACACAACAAUGGAUUUCUAUGAUAGACAAUUUUAAUCACACACUCAAAGAGCUUGGAGAUGUUGAAAACUGGGCAAGAGCGAUUGAGACUGACAUGAUUGCCAUUGCCAGUGCACUAGAAUAUGCAUAUAAAGGUGAUGGACCAACGUGAUUGCCACUGGUCAAAGAAAGGAUUUCCAAGAUUUUUGAUAUAUAUUCAACAUGUGCAAAGUAGCAAAUAAUUUAAAUUAUCCAACUAAAUCAAAUGUAGCAAAUGUAGGUUACAUUUCAAUAAAACUACACCACUUUUGAAUCGUUUUUCCAGAUUUUCUGUUCUUUAUUUUCUCCAUCUUUGAAAUAAGUGAUGUAUAGCAUUUAAGGCUUCUUAAUUACUUUGUUUGGGCAAUGGGAUGCGAUACCAACUCAGUGGCUUUUCUUUCAGUCUCUUUACAUUCUUGUAUUCAAGAUAUAUAGGUUGCUGUUUUCAAUCCAGUGUUAAAAACUGAACAGAAACCAAGGAAAUUGACAGAGAAACUGUACCUUGUUCUUCUAUAAUGGUGUUGAGCUUAAUUGGUUAGUAAAGUUCCAGGAAGUAAUUAUAGAAUUGAACCGCAACCAUUUGAAAUAAUCGGAAUUGAAGAUAGCUGAAUAGACCUUACUGUCCGUGGAAUUAUAGAAUAUUGGAUAUCAUUGGGGUUAUUCAUAAAAAAUUAUCUUUACUGUUUGUUCACACUCCCUUUCACAAUGAUAUGGUAAUCAUAGAAUUUGAAACUAAUUUGUAACACCACUUCUAUAACCCAUAAGUGAACUUUGAUUUCCUGCUUCUUUAUACACAUUUUUGAAUUUAAGGGUGUAGAACCUUUGCGAUAUGGCAAUAACAGAUUGCCCUUUGCGAUAUUUUGGAUGCCAUGUUUCAUUUGGGUACAUGUGAAUGCAUUCACAUGUGCUUGCACCCCUAAUAUUUCAAAGACUGCUUUCUCACGAAAGUAAUUCAUCUUCAUGGUUAGCAAAACAAUUCUACAAAAGGUAUGUUUAUAAUGAGCUGUUAAAUUUUGUUUUUUUGUGUCAAUAAACAUGUUAAAACAAAUGUUCAUAAACUAGAGUUGAUUUUGCUUUGUGUUAUACUAUGUGAGCAUUUUCUCAUUGAAUUUUUAAAUAGAUUUUCUCUUCAACUUUCCAUAUGCCAUUCCAAACGCUUUACUCUAGUUCAGCAUUUGGUUCACUCUUUUCCAAAACAACAGGCCAUGGCACUCACUUUCUUAGUAAUGUUUGAAGUUUUAGAAAUAGCAUGUUAAUAAACAUAAAUUUAACCUAAGUUCCAGAAUGUAAUCUUUUGAUCAAUAUUGAAAUGUUGGGGCAUUCACCUUUUAAAUUCUUAUCCUUUUCUGCAUAAUUUGCCAUGGCAACCAUUAGAAUUUUUAUAAUUUACUACUUGAGAAUUGAAACUUUAUUUUGCACACCAAAGUAUAAUUUCUAUUAUAUGUAUAAUUGCUUCACCAGUAUAAUUUCACUCUGCUGAAAUCUUAACGCAAUGAUAUUCAAUUGCAAUCUUUUGUUGAGAUGUGGUUAAUUCAGUUAACAUAUUUCUAGGUAUUUCAAUAUGCUAACUUGUAUUGUCUAUGUCAACUGCUUGGAUCAAAAAAGGGUACUAGAAAUGUGUUUAUCAAUGAAACAUUCAUUUCUCAAAUUUACUGUUUUGCGUGAAUGAUCGAAAGCUUUGUGCAGUUGGGUGCAAAAGGUGCUGAUGCGAUUGCGAUUGAUUGCUCACAUCAAAUGAAAGGGCCUCAGUCUUAAAGGCUCCCAACAAUUGGCAUGCUUUGCAGUAGCUGUUAUUUUAUAUUAAACAAAAUGGGCUUUAUAUUUUACUUUGAUGCAGUACAACAGAGUUCUCUAUCACAAAAAAACUAUUUUUCAAAUUUGCACCACAUAACAUAAAAGAACACCAUGAAAUACUCUUCCAUAUAUGCAGAAAGAAUCAGUUAAAUUUGUCAAAAAUUGGGUGAGGUAUGGCCAAUAGAAGAUUUGAAGUUUGCUAACGGAUUACUGUUAUUUUGGCUCAGUCCAUAAAGUUAUGAACUGAGACCAAAUUACAGAGGUUUGAAUUGAUGGGGCCAGAGCUUGUGCUCAUCUGGUCAUAUCUCAGCCAACUCGUAAUACCUUUAACUGAUUUUGCAGAUUUAGAGGUAUUUCCUGAUGCUCUUUCAGGUUAUGGGAACAAAUUUCAAAAAUUCUAAAAUAUAUUUCUGUAACAUCAUCACUUGACAACUCUAUAUUAUAUUGUACUUUAAUGCAGUACAAUAUUAGGCCGCUGUUGAAAAUGUAGUUUCAAAGCAUGCCAGUUGCCAAUGAGCCUUUAAAUGCUAAGAGAGCUUCCUUUUUUCCUCUGAUAUAUUUUGUUCGAAUAUUUGGUUGGCUUAUCUUAGUAUUUUCUGAAAUGUCCAAUUGAAAACUAUUGGCUUAAUAAAACACAAAUAAAACAUAUUAGAACAUAUUGUGAUCAAAUCUAAGAUCUAUAUAUAUAGAAAUAUAAAGUAUAAACUACUUAGUGGUCUUGGUCAUGUUUUUUUUAGAAAAUAACAUCUUCAUUGCGCAACAACAUACAUAGUCCUUGUGAUCAAAAGCUUUGAUACUUCUAAUGAUACUUUUUAUUAUUUGGAAGUACCAUUAUUGACAAAAACAUGUGAAAAUACUAGAUAUAAAAUAAGUAAAAUGCUUCAGCACUUUCUAA